CAUCUUAGCUACAAUACAACUCUGUGUGACAAAACGCCAUUUUUCAAUCAAUGAAGAAAAUUUUUUACUGGUGGCGUGGUUCGGUUUGAAAUAAUAAAAUUCAGGCUUCAUUUGGCGUUAAACAGUGUUAAUUUAUUAAUAAAAGCUAAGAAUGGAUAAUUAUAACACAGGAGGCGGUUAUGGUAGCGCUGGUGGUGGUGGUGGAGGUUACAAUAACUUCUCGGUUCCACCGCCAAACUUCCAGCAACAAAUGCAACCAAAAAGCGGCGGAUAUAACGAUCAAUCGUCUUCCUACAACAAAGGAGGUUAUGAUUCUGGCAGCCGCGGAGGUGGCGGCGGUGGUGGUUGGAAUGACCGCGGAGGAAGUGGUGGCGGCGGAUAUGGAAAUGGAGGCGGCAGCAAGGACGGCUACAAUAAAGGCGGAUAUGGAGGUGGCGGCGGCGGUGGUGGUGUUGGUGGCGAAAUGGUUACCCAAGAAGACACUAUCUUUGUCUCAGGCAUGGAUCCUGCAACCGAUGAAAUGGCUAUCGAAACUCAUUUUGGAGCAAUCGGCAUUAUUAAGAAAGAUAAGCGUACAAUGAAGCCAAAAAUUUGGCUGUACAAGCACAAAGAUACAGGCGUCUCCAAAGGUGAAGCCACUGUAACCUAUGAUGAUACAAAUGCCGCACAAUCAGCCAUCGCUUGGUUUGACGGUCGCGAUUUUAACGGCUGCGUAAUUAAAGUUUCCUUGGCGCAACGUCAGAAUAACUGGAAAGGUCGUGGCGGUGCUGGUGGUGGCGGUGGCGGCGGCGGAUCCGGUGGUGGUGGUUUUGGUGGUCGUGGAGGUCCCGGUGGUGGUGGUGGACGUGGAGGCGGCGGCGGCGGUGGUGGUGGUAGAUUCGACCGCGGAGGUGGUGGAGGCGGACCAGGUGGAGAUUAUGACUCUGGUCGUGGUGGUGGUGGCGAUCGCGGAGGUCGUGGCAGAAUGGGAGGAGGUGGUGGUGGUGGCGGUGGUGGCGCCAAUGUGCCAUCACGUGAAGGUGACUGGAAGUGCAGUAGUUGUAAUAAUACGAACUUCGCAUGGCGUAAUGAAUGCAAUAGAUGUAAAGAACCCAAAAGUGAUGGUGAUCACGAGGGUGGUGGUAGCGGCGGAGGCGGCGGUUACGGCAGUGGUGGUGGCGGCUAUGGCGGUGGCGGUGGUGGUGGUUACGGAAGUGAUCGCGGCAGUGGAGGAGGUGGUGGCGGCGGUGGUUAUGGCAAUAAUGAUCGCGGUGGUGGUGGUGGUUACGGUAAUAGAGACCGUGGAAAUGGCGGUGGCGGCGGCGGCUUCAACCGUUUCGGUGGCGGUGGUGGUGGUGGCCGAGGAGGCGGCGGCGGCGGCGGCGGUGGCCGUGGAAUGGGUGGCGGUCGUCGUGAUGGCGGUGGUGGGCCUGUUAGAAAUGAUGGGGGCAAUCGACCCAGACCGUAUUAAAUUUCGCCGUUAUGAGAUUUUAAGUUAUGUGUGUGUGCUUAAUUAUAAAGAAAUUUUUUUUUUAAGUAAUGAAAUUUUAUUGUAAUAUGUUCGAAUUAUUAUUGCCGCAAUUCAAAUAUCGUCAGUUUUCAAGAAAAGUAAAAAUUAUGUAAGAAACAUAAUUACAAAUGUAUA